UCAGUGGACCGACGAACAGUUUUGCCGCGUAAUUUCACAAACACGCGUGUUAACACAAGACACAUAAAAUAAAAUACAACAAAACUUAAAUGCGCGAUAACUAAAUGAAACUUAUCUAAAAUGUGGCAAAAGUAAUUGCGAAUUUGGGUUUAAACAGACAAAUACAAAUCAACGACUAUUUCAAAGACAACUUUACGCUGUAUACACCAAAGGGUCUAUGGACAAAUGGUUUGGAGAGAAACGUCUAUGGCUGUUUGGUAAUCAUCUUCCACUUCUGCCCAGAAGACCACAAGGUAGCAGCAAAAUGGAUCGUUAUGAGAAGCUCAGUCGACUGGGCGAGGGCUCAUAUGGCGUCGUCUACAAAUGUCGAGAUCGAGAAACUGGCGCCUUAGUUGCGGUUAAAAGAUUUGUCGAAUCUGAGGACGAUCCGGCCAUACGUAAAAUAGCAUUGCGAGAGAUAAGGCUGCUGAAGAACCUGAAGCACCCGAAUCUGGUGUCGUUGUUGGAAGUGUUUCGACGCAAGCGCCGCCUGCAUCUGGUCUUUGAGUUCUGUGAGCUGACGGUGCUGCAUGAAUUGGAACGACAUCCACAGGGCUGCCCGGAGCCACUGACCAAGCAGAUUUGCUAUCAGACGCUGCUGGGCGUGGCAUAUUGCCAUAAGCAGGGCUGCCUGCAUCGCGACAUUAAGCCAGAGAAUAUUCUGCUGACGGCCCAGGGUCAAGUGAAGCUCUGUGACUUUGGCUUUGCGCGAAUGCUUAGUCCGGGCGAGAAUUAUACAGACUAUGUGGCGACACGCUGGUAUCGGGCACCGGAACUCCUCGUCGGCGACACACAGUAUGGCACGCCGGUGGAUGUGUGGGCGAUUGGCUGCCUCUUUGCGGAACUGGUGCGCGGCGAGGCGCUGUGGCCGGGACGCAGUGAUGUGGAUCAAUUGUAUUUGAUACGCAAGUCUCUGGGUGAUUUGCUGCCGCGACAUAUACAAAUUUUUGGACAGAAUGAGUACUUUAAGGGCAUAACGCUGCCAGUGCCUCCGACGCUGGAGCCACUAGAGGACAAAAUGCCGGGCAAAGCACUGCAAAAUCCGCUAACCAUCGAUGUGCUAAAGAAGUGCCUGGACAAGGAUCCCUCGAAGCGUUGGUCCUGCGACAAGCUGAUUAAGCACUCCUACUUCGAUGAUUACAUAGCCAAACAGCGCGAGCUGGACCACAUCAACAGCCUAGAGGCGGCCACACUACGCCAACAGCAAUUGGCCUCCCAACAGUUCAUGCUGGCCACUGCCGCCCAACAGCUUCAAACGGGCACGGCGCAGGCGGCGGCCAUCGCCGCAACGCGUGAUAAAUCAAAGACUUCAAACACCUCCUUGCCGCUGCUGCCGAGCACACAGCAUCAUCAUCAUCAUACGCAUCAGGACUAUGUGAAGCUACAGCCACUAAAUAAGAAUGCAGCGAUGCUGCAUCGCACCGAGCAUCACCUGCCCACCAUUUGAGGAUUGAGCUCGCUACUUCUGCACUGAAUUGUAAUCUUUACUAUCCCCUAGCAGUUGGCUCACAUAUUUUAGUAUAUUACUGCGUUAUGUGAAGAAAAAAACCUGGCAUAAGUUUCUUUAAUUACUUCGACAAAUAAAUGUAAAGUGUGAAAAAAUACAAAA